CCUCCCCCAGCUGCACCCGCUUCCUCUGACUCCGGCCCGGCGGAAGUGCGUCAGUUGUUAUCCGCUCCGGCCGCUGCCACUACUGUGUCUGCCUCACGCUCUCGGUGCUCAGAAGCUCCGCCACCCUCGGCCGCCCGCUGACGCUACCCGCCGGUGGCCAUGGGCUGUGUCUCUGAGCCCCUGGUUUAGGGCUGCCGAGCCCCAGCUGCCCUCCGAUGCGCCGGACCCGGGGUCCCAGGCCGCGCGGUGUCCGGUGCUGAGAGCCCGCGCCCGGCAUGCCCGCUCCGGCCCCGAGCCCGCCCCGGCCCCGAGCCCGCGCGGCGCUCUCGCAGCCCGGCGGCGCGGUGUAGCAGGCGGCGCGGGGCGCCAAGGUCAUCGCCGCGGCGCCGCCAUGGAGGCCAAGGUCCGGCCGAGCCGACGUUCGCGCGCGCAGCGAGACCGUGGCCGGCGUCGAGAAGCCGCCCGGGACGCCCGCGCGCAGAGCCCGUCGUCGGGUGACGAGCCGGAGCCCAGUCCUGGCAAGGAGAACGCGGGACUCCCAGGCGCGCCGCCUCAGCGCCCUACGUCCCUGCGCGCUGCGCGCCCCCCGCGGCGCCGUCGCCGCGAGUCCAGUUCUCAGGAGGAGGAGGUUAUUGAUGGCUUCGCUAUAGCCAGCUUCAGCACCCUGGAGGCCCUGGAGAAGGAUAUGGCUCUGAAGCCACACGAGCGGAAGGAGAAAUGGGAUCAGCGCCUCAUCAAGAAGCCCCGAGAGUCAGAAAACUGCCCAUCUGCUGAGCUGAAUGAGAACAGGCAGCCCCUGGAGGUGGGCAGUCCAGGGCAGGAUACGGAGCCCACAUGUGAUGAAGGGACUAGGAAGGUCCCGUUGCAGCCCUCCCAACAGAUGAAGGUCGCCAUGGCCAGAGGGGGUGACCGGAACAGCGAUGACGACAGUGUCCUGGAAGCUUCCAGCUCUCAUCGUAGCAGCUCCCGGGACCAGCUGAGUGAUAGCUCGGCACAGGCGGUUUCCGGGAGAGGCUACUCAUCUAGGACCCCAGACAAUGGGAUGCUGCCACCUGUAUUGAGGUGCGACAGUGAGAGUGGCGUGGAUGACAAGGCAUCUGUGGGCUCUGAGAAGCUCUUUACCCCGGCACCCGACAAAGGCUCUGGGGUAGGUGAGAAGUCAGAGGCCAAGACGGGGGCAGUGCCCAAGGUGUCGGGCCUGGAGCGCAGCAGCGAGCUCAGCACGGAGUCUUUCCUGCCUGCCACAACACCGGCGCCCUCAGGACCUCCACCAGGAGCUGGGGCCAGCCCUCUGGUGAAGAGGGAAGCCCCCAUCGUACCUCACCACGUCCCACAGCCACAGCUUACCCCGCAGCAUCGCGGCUCACUCUCGACACACGUGCCUCUGUCCUUGGGCGCCUUCGUGGGCCCUGGCCCUGGCCCUGGCCAGACGGUGCCCAACAGCCUGCACCUGCACAGCCUCAGGAGCAGCAGCACGGUCAGCGGCACCCCUCUGGGCCUGGCAAAGCACGUGACACUGUCACCACACGGCCCUGGCCCCCACCUGUCUACCUCACACCUGGCGCUCAGGUCCCAGGCGCAGCACCAGCACCACACCGCGGCAAUGUUCGCUGCCCCCCCAACACUGCCCCCGCCCCCGGCGUUACCCGCCAGCAGCCUGGUCAUCCCAGGACACCCCGCCGAUGCCAGCCUGUUGAUCUCAUUCAACCAGCCAAUCAUGUAUUGCCAGCCUCAUUCGGGGAUUCUGAUUGAUCACGAACUGCUCAGGCAAGAGCUGAACACGCGGUUUCUGGUGCAGAACGCGGAGCGGCCUGGCGCCUCCCUGGGCCCGGGAGCUCUGCUGCGGGCCGAGUUCCACCAGCACACGCAUCAGCACACACACCAGCACACACACCAGCACACACACCAGCACCAACACACAUUCGCCCCCUUCUCGGGGCUGCCCCCGACGCCGCUCAUGCUGCCCACCGCACCCUCGCCGUUUGACAAGUUCUCGCCCAAGCUGGACAGCCCCUACUUCCGACAUUCCAACACUUCAAACUCAGUCGAGAUAACGGGCCGGGCCAGUGCAGUUCACACUUUCCUGCAGAAAGCCCCUGGGGUGUCUGAUCCUUACCGGACAGCAGUCAGGAAACCAGGGAAGUGGUGUGCGGUACACGUGCAGAUCGCCUGGCAGAUCUACCACCAGCAGCAGAAGAUGAAGAUGCAGCUGGACCCCCACAAGCUGGAGGUUGGUACAAAGCUGGACCUGUUCAGCCGGCCCCCCGCCCCAGGCAUGUUCUCUGGGUUCCACUACCCACAGGACCUGGCCCGGCCCCUCUUCUCCAGCACAGGUGCCACUCAUCCAACUGCCAACCCAUUUGGACCCUCAGCUCCUCAUGGCAGCUUCCUGCCCACUGGUCAUUUGACAGACCCCUUCAGCAGAUCCAGCACUUUUGGAGGCCUGGGGAGCCUGGGCAACCACGCUUUUGGAGGCUUGGGCAGCCAUGCACUGACACCAGGGGGCAGCAUCUUUGCACCCAAGGAGGGCACAGCUUUGCUCGGCCUGCCCAGCCCCCAUGAUGCCUGGAACCGACUGCACCGAGUGCCACCUUCCUUUCCCACCCCACCCCCGUGGCCCAAACCAGUGGAUACGGAGCGCCUCUCAGCCCUGACCAACCACGACCGAGAGCCUGACAAGGGCCAGGAAGAGCAGGAGCGGGACGUCCUGGAGAAGACGCGCCUCUUGAGCCACGGCUCUGCUGCAGCACCAGUGGGCCAUCCCAUCAGCAACCUCCUGCCGCGGGGCCCCGGAGAGCUGGGCCGUCCUGGGGUCCUCGCAGAGCGUGAGGCCGAGACUCGCGUCAAGGAGAGCCACUCACCCGGCAAAGAGGACAGCGCCAAGCUAGCUGCGCGACCUCCAUCGCCCUACUGCAAGGCAGCCCUGGGCGACUGCCUGCGACUGGCCGGCCUGCUAGGUCGGGAGACCGGGAAGCAGACGCCUGAGCGGCCCCAGGGCGACGUAAAGGUCAAGGAGGAACGCAGGGAAGACGAGACGCCGGAACUCACCAGCGUCGGCGUGCACUCCACAGCCGCAAACCUGGGCCUGGGCGCCUCGGGCCUCGUGUGGGAUCCGCCGUGCGACACCUACCGGGGCUUGGAACUGCCGCGCCGCCCCUUCCCUGCCCCGCUGCCCGCCGCCGGCCCCGCUCCCUUCGAACUCUGCGAGCGCACCUACCGGGACCGCGAGCCCCACGCCUACAGCCCCGAGCGCUUGCGGGAGGUGCGCCGGGAGGAGCUGGAGCGCCCCCGCGGGCCCGACUCGGACGCUGCCCUGCUGCCGGCCAUGCACUACCCGCGCCUGGCCUCCGGCGCGCUGCACGGCGCGCUCCUGGCCCGGACCCCGCCGGCAGCCGCCGCGCUCGGCGCGCCUCCGCCCCUGGUGGCCGCCGGCGGGGUCCCCACGCCACCGGCGCGCCCCAGGACCACGCCGCUGGCGCUCGGGCCUGGCGAGGCGCGCGACUACUCGCCGGCGUGCAACCCGCCCGAGGUGGAGGCGCGGUAGUCCCGGCCGAACGAACUGACUCACUUAAAUUCCUGGCACCUGAGCACAGUUCCCCGAGUCCCGGAGCAGCGCGGCCCACACCACGCUGCAGCCUGCAUAGUGGAGGACUUUUCGCUUUUUCUGGGGGUGACUUCAUUUUCCGAGCUUGCGAUUAGGUCACUGGGAAAAAUUUAGCUUUGUACCUUUCCCCACACACAAGUGACAAACAUUUUUAAUGGUUUUGUAUUUUUCUUAAUUUUAUGCUCUAACGACAUUUUAAAGAACCAAAAAAAGAAAAAAAAAGAAUUUUUAGUUGGGAUUUGCAGUUUCACUUCUCAGAUCCCAUUUGAGCCCCAGGGUUUGUUAUUUAUGGAAAGAAAUGGUCUUUCUGUCCAGCGCACUGUGAGGCUCCGCACUCAGGCCCGGCUCUGGCCUUCCCUUGGUACUUAGAACCGAAGUUACAGAUAUAUAUUAAAAUAAUAUUAAUAAUAAUGUACAAAACUUUGGGUUUUCUGCCUUAUUCUAUUAUGCAUAGGUGUAAGAGGAUUUCUUUGGUUUGUUUUUUAGGAAAAAAAUGUAAAUACUCUGUUGAUAUAAUUAUAAAACUUAUUAAAUUCUUAACCUGGACAGUCAGUCUUUAAAGUCUCUAAAACCCCUCUGGUUAUUUGUGUGUGUGGUCACAAAACCCCACUCGGGCUGUCGGUUGUGGACACACUCAGCAGUUUAACUGCAGCAGCUAUCCUUCAACUAUGCAAGCCUCGGAGGCAGGACAGGAUGUCUAGGGGGAGAAGGUAUCUGAGCUUCUGUCAGAGUGGGUGGACCUCCCUGAGAGCCACACUUUUGGGGUCUGCUUAGACUCACAGUGGGCUUCGGGGCUGGCUGGCUCCAGUCGCAGUGACAAACCGCACCCACGUGCUAAUAUGUUAGUGCAUUGUUCUCCGGAGCUGUGUCCUGCAAGCUCCGGUCUAAAGUUGGUUACAAGAAAAAGGUUAGUUCUCUUCAUCUGUCUGGGUAUCACCUCCCCACCACCACCACUAAGCCUCUCAUCCCUCCUCUGGCUUUGGUUUCCCAUUCAUGCCCUCUCAAGCUUUUCCAUGUGUUGUCAGCUUGUCCUUUUUGGUUCCCUGACCCGCUUUUGUGCUGAGUCAACAUUCAGCACCACUCUCUGCCGUGUUCAGUUCCUUCCAGCCCAAUGUUUCCACUGUAGACUCUGGUUAAAGUCGGGUUUCAUGUCAAUCAACACAGAGAGAUAAAUACAGCCUUGAUUUGGAUGAAA